UGUAAAUAGCCUCAAUCAAUUUGUAAAAUGUAAAAACCAAAUAAACCAUGUUUACUUCAUUCAAUAUAGCAUCGCUUAAUUGACCCGCUAGUACUACCAACAACCCCCUUACAUCUACGUAGAUUGUUCACAUUAUUGGCCGGCACCUAGCCGCCUUUUUCCGCCCGCCCACUCGGCCCGAUCAUUCAAUUUGAGGCAUCAUUGGAUCGAUCUGCUCGUCUAGCAAUAUGCGUGGCGCAGUGUUAAUGAGUGAAACAGGAGGCCUCGGGUUGCUUCGCCACGUACUCCCGAUCCGGUCAAGUACUCCGUCUAGCACAGAUUAACAACCACCUUCUCGCUCGCCAGUCUCAAUGGGCCGAAGGUGAAAAUCCAUUGUCCGGUUCGAAUAUUCGGUCGCUAUAUUCAAUGUUACCUAGACACGCGCCGAGCUAGGUUAGCCUCCAUCUAUUUUACGACCAUGUCGCAAGCUCGAGGUGUAAGGCUGGUUCAAAAUGACUACGACACCUGGAGACGGCGGAUAUAUGCGAGGGAGGCGAUGAAUCCUAAACCAAAGCCAAGAGUAUACGACCCCGUUUUCGACGUCGAGAUCAGCUACGCACUUCACAAUGAAGCCGAGAGAGAGAAAUUCAGGAAACCUUCAAUGAUUUGUGCCAAAUGCCAAAACAUGUUCAAUGGGUACUUCAAGAUGGAGAUAUGUUUUCCACGGUACUAUGAGAGCUACGCCGCUCUGAAAGCAGCUGCUGAAAAGGGCUGUGGAGCAUGUGUACAGGCGCUUGAGUCCAUUGAUCUUGACGACUUGCACUUCCAGGAAGCAGGUACAGUGGAUAUAACUUACAGUGGGGCCGAACCCGGACGGAUCUACUUAACGAUUCCAUUCACGAAAGCUGAAAUGGUUGAUUUUGGGUGUCUAAGUCUCGAGGAAGCCAAGAAAAGAGAUGAUAAGGAGAUGGAACUGCUGAUUACACUGCAGUUUCGACCUACACGGUGGGGAGCCAUAGAUUAUGAUGGUCCUCAACCGAGUACACGGGAUGCUCUUGGGCUAUGUAAGACCUGGCUAGAGAAAUGUUGUACUUCUCAUGACUGCCUUCCAUCCAACCGCCCUCGUCACUUGCCUACACGCCUUAUUACUAUCGACAGCCAGCCGAGGAUAGUUCUCUCAGAAGAAUUAGGAACAAAAUUGGGGGUUAGAUUCGCAGCAUUGAGCCACUGUUGGGGAGGCCAAGAAUUUACGACUCUCAGGAGGGAGAAUAUUGAAGAAUUUCGACGACGUAUUCCAACUGAAACACUGCCAAAGACAUUUCGGGAUGCUAUUGAGAUCUGUCGAUAUGUGGGUUUGCCGUACCUUUGGAUUGACUCAUUGUGCAUUAUCCAACGCGAUAAAGAAGAUUGGGAUCGCGAAUCGCAUCUUAUGACUGCCGUCUACGGCAAUUGUGAUCUGAAUAUUUCAGCGGCAUCUGCUAAAAACGGAAGCGUUGGCUGCUUUUUUGAACGAAAGAAGAGCUGGAGAUGUCAAGCCUACGCCAAACAAGAUCGCCCGACCGAGUUGUACGACGUCUUCGACCCCAAAAGGGUGGCUACAAAACGCGAUGUACUAGAAGAGCGUGCCUGGGUUAUUCAGGAGAGGUACUUAUCUCGAAGAAUUCUCCAUUUCACUAGACACCAAGUCUUCUGGGAAUGCAUCACACGAAGCCACAGCGAGAUAUUUCCUGUUGAGUUCCCGGUAAAAAUUCGAUGUAGGGAGAAAAAUCGCUAUGCCAUAAGUCGCAGGAACUUGACACAAGUUCUUUGGCCAUCGAUUGUGGGAAACUACUCGCAGGCACAUCUAACAAGAUCCAGCGAUAAAUUGGCUGCCAUUGCAGGACUGGCACGGGUUAUAUACGAAAGACAAAUAAAAGGAAUAUAUAGACGCGACGACGCAAGCGGAAACAGUGGUUAUUUUGAAGUGGCCAAAGGGAGUACAUGGGUCCGUGAUAGGUAUAUCACGGGUUUAUGGCUAAGUCAUGUUCCAAAAAAGUUUCUUUGGACCCGAAAACAACACUCGGAACUUCGAAGGAGGCUUUCUGGAUUCACAUGUCCAACUUGGUCGUGGAUUCCCAUCGAUGGCCCAGUUUUAUUUGAAGAACUGGCUUGCAAAGGAAUUGAUUUACAUUACCUGGAAGUCGACUACGUUGAUCCUAACAAUCCAUUUGGUGAUGUCAAGAAUGCUGUGCUCCGACUACGUUGCGAUAGCCUCUGGCCGGGGACGAUCUACUCUCCUUCUUUUGAAUAUAUGCAACGUAUUAUCUGGGAUUGUAAUAGUUUUCAACGGGACGUGGUGGGCAUCAAUUGGGAUUCCUUAGAUUUCCUCGAAAACGAGGUUCGGUUAUCGCAACCUUUACGAGUAUUCUUCAUGCCCAUAGAAACAAUCCCAGUACAUACGUGUGGCCUGGUACUCAAAGAGACGCAGACAAGGAAUGGGGAAUAUGUACGAGUUGGUAGUUUCUGUUUUGAUGUAUAUGAAAGACCAUUCCUAUUGUGUUCGGACCCCGACCCGAUAUACUUUUCUGGGGAAGUAGAAGAUAAGAAUUCUGGUAGAAGACUUAUCCUGGAUUUGGUAUGAGUACUUACAUAGAUAGACUAGAACGCGUGCUAAGAUGGACGGCAUUGACUACUCAUGGAAAAAAUACUUCGAAGAAUAGGAAUAAUCCUCCGUAACAUCUACAAUCGAGCAGAGCAAUAUCUGGGUAUGUAUAGGUGUAUCUCACCAGAACUUACGGGUCGUUCACGCACUGGCUUCUAAACACAAGGUCAUUGGGCUUAAUAGUACCAUUCCUGAGUACCUACCUAGGUAUGUAACUACGUAUAUUCUACUACUUGGCUACGUCUAUGCUAAAUGGGG